UCUGUAUGUGUAUGAUUGAAAUUUGCAUAUUCAAGCUCCACAAUUCUCAGAUGGGAAAAUUACCAGCUGAAAAUUAGCACUAUAACCAAGCAAAUUCACAUAAUUUCUAAUGGAAAAGUUUCAUAGCCAGAGACUUUAUAUCCCUCCAUUUCCCUUUCUUCUUUUUCUUCUCCAAUUCUCAUCCCUUCACUUGUUCUCUUCAGCUUACAAUCUCCCAGACAAGUACUUCAUCAAUUGUGGCUCAAACCAAGGCGUGAGCACCAGUCGUCGGAGCUUCGUCGGCGACAAAAACUCCGGUUCUGUCUCUUUUACAAAGCAGAACAGCAUCUCUGUCGAAAACACAAACCAGUCUCAGAACAGCAACAACUCAACUCUGUACAACACAGCAAGAGUUUUCAGACAACAAUCUUCAUAUGCCUUUGACAUCAAUGAUGUUGGUAAUAGUACUAAUUACCUGGUACGCCUCCAUUUCUUAGUUUUCCCUUCCACGGUUGAUCUUUCCUCGGCAGUUUUUGAUGUUUCAGCUUCUGGGUUCUUGUUGUUGCAUAAUUUCACUGCCAAAAAUAACACAAACACGCCUCUAGUAAAGGAAUUUUAUCUCCCUAUAAACGCCAACAAGAAGUUUAGAAUAUACUUCACGCCUCUAGAAUCCUCUUUGGCAUUUGUGAAUGCCAUAGAGUUUUUCCCAGCCCCUCCUGUGAAUUUCAGCCUUGGUGAAGCCAUAAAAGUUGGGCAACAACAAGGUCAGAAAACUGGGUCAUCUUCUGUUUUCCAAACAGUUUACAGGAUCAAUGUUGGCGGUCAAGAGAUCGAGUCGAAUGACGAAAUAAUAUGGAGAAACUGGGAUACAGAUGAUAAGUUUCUCAUUAGUAAAGGUAAUUCAAAGGAGAGUCAGUUUUAUUCAAAUCCGCCUAAUUACCUCUCAGAAGAUGGUGAAUAUGUUGCCCCAGCUUUGGUCUACCAAACUGCUAGAGAAAUGGAUGUCAAUGCCAGUGGCGGAUCCAACAUAACAUGGGGUUUUAAUGUAAAUAAGUCUGCUGGUCACCUUGUGAGGUUUCACUUCUGUGACAUCAUCAGUGUCUCCCUCGGUGUUAUAGUAUUCAAUCUGUACAUAAAUGGCAAUUUCAGCAAGGCGAUCGAUCCUACGGACAACAGCACCCUGCUGGCUACUCCUUUUCACUACGAUUUUUCAGUUGGUUCCCAUGGUUCUGAUGUGAUGAACAUUGGCAUAGGCCUUUCAAAAAAAACCACGGAAAAUAAUGCCUUCCUAAAUGGGCUCGAAAUUUUGGAGAUAAAGAGAGGACUUGCUUUAACUCCCGUAGAGAACGAGGAGUCAGGUAAUAAAAAGACAAAGGCUCCAAUUGUGAUUGGUUCAGCUAUCGGGGGUUUUGCUCUUCUCUGUAUUUUGGUAGUGGGGUUCUUCAAACUGAGACGAAGGAAGAUGAAACCGGUCGAAAACUCGAGCUGGGGACAAGUGCCUCCAUAUGUAGGAGGGGGAAGUUCUCACAGCAGGAUUGCUGACCCAACCAUCAAUGGCUCACCUCUUCCUAACCUACACUUGGGGCUGAAGAUUCCUUUUGCUGAAAUUCAGCUAGCAACAAAGAAUUUCAACUCCAAGCUGAUAAUUGGCAAGGGAGGCUUUGGUAAUGUCUACAAAGGGACUCUUGUGAAUGGCACAAAAGUUGCUGUGAAGAGAAGUGCACCAGGGUCAGGCCAAGGGCUUCCUGAGUUCCAAACUGAGAUCACGAUUCUCUCCAAAAUCCGCCACCGACAUCUCGUGUCCUUGAUCGGGUACUGCGACGAGAGGUCGGAGAUGAUCCUGGUUUAUGAGUUCGUGGAAAUGGGAACUUUAAGAGACCACCUUUACAAUCCAGACUUGCCUCGUUUGUCAUGGAAACAAAGGCUUGAAAUCUGCAUUGGCGCAGCCAAUGGUCUUCACUACUUGCACAAAGGCUUAUCAGGCGGAAUCAUCCACAGAGAUGUCAAGUCCACAAACAUCUUGCUUGACAAAAACCACGUGGCCAAAGUAUCGGAUUUCGGCCUCUCAAAAUCAGGCCCACUUGAUGAGUUUGAAACUCAUGUAAGCACCAAUGUGAAAGGCACUUUGGGAUAUCUUGAUCCUGAGUACUUCAGAACCCAACAGUUGACUGAAAAAUCCGAUGUCUACUCAUUUGGGGUUGUCCUUCUCGAGGUCCUAUGCGCGAGACCGGCCAUAGACACCUUGCUUCCGAGGGAGCAAAUGAACUUGGCCGAGUGGGCGAUGAAAUGCAAGAACAAAGGCUUGCUUGAGGACAUAAUUGACCCUUCAAUGAAGGGUCAAAUCAACCCCAACUCGCUAAGGAAGUUUAGUGAAACUGCGGAGAAGUGUUUGGAAGAAGAUAGCGGCGAUAGGCCUGCAAUGAGCGACGUGAUUUGGGACUUGGAGUACGCUUUUCAGCUUCAGCAAAUGCCCGUGCCGAGACAGCCUCACGAGGACAGCACGGUGAACUCUUCGUCGGCGUUCUUACGUCCUAACGUCGAGCACCUUCCUUCCGUUAGUACGACGGCUGAUAACGAUGGCGAUAAUGAGUAUGGCCUGAGUAAUGUUGGUGAUUUCUCGGAGGUGAGUGCGAGUGCAGUGUUUUCACUGUUGAAAACCGAUGGUGCUAAAUAAAAAUAUGUUAUCUACUCAGUUUGUGAGUUAUGUAGUUAUGUAGUUAUGUGUCUUACUCAUUCUUGUUCUAGUAUUGGAACUACUUUGUAAACCUUAGAAACUCUGUUUUGCUUAUAUGCCAGUGGAAAUUGUUGAUCUGUAAAAUUGAUGAUAGAAACCCAGGAAUUCUAGGUGGUUUUCUUAGCUGUUAUUAAUCAGAAAAUACGAAAAUUACAGAUAGGAGGAAUUCGAGGUUCCUCUGCCUCUCAAUACAAUACCCUCCGUUUCUCACUACAAGCUCUCUUUUAUAGACUUCUCACUCACGGUAUUCCCCAUGCAAACUAAUUCCUAACGGCAUGCCUGACCUCAGCGUGAAACUCGAUAAUAAUUGCCAAGUCAGCCAAUACCACUUCCUACUACACCCCCUGUGAGAAUCAACUAUUUCCCCCUUGCUCCUCCUAGAGUAUACGAAUUUAUUGGGAGGGGCUGGGGCUUUAACAUCCCCCAUCAACUAUUUUCCCUUUGCUCCUCCUAGAGUAUACGAAUUUAUUGGGAGGGGCUGGGGCUUUAACAUCCCUCCCCCCCUCUUCAAGACCAACUUUGUCUCCAAGGUUGAAGCUUGGAAACUGGGAUUGAAUGGUGAAAACGGGCUCCCAUGUGGCCUCACUGCUUGGCAGACCAUCCCACUGAACCAAU